AUGAAAGAAGAUAUCUAUCUUCAUGAUCCAAGUGUACGUUGGGAUUCUAUAAUUGGUCUUGAUUCAGCUAAACGUACGAUAAAAGAAGCAGUUGUUUAUCCAAUAAGAUAUCCACAAUUAUUUACUGGUAUAUUAUCUCCAUGGAAAGCUUUACUUUUAUACGGUCCACCUGGUACAGGAAAAACAUUGUUAGCUAAAGCCGUAGCAACUGAAUGUAAAACAACUUUUUUUAAUAUAUCCGCAUCGUCUAUUGUUAGUAAAUGGCGUGGUGAUUCAGAAAAGCUCGUACGCGUUUUAUUUGAAUUAGCAAGAUUUCAUGCUCCAUCAACAAUUUUCUUGGAUGAACUCGAUGCAAUAAUGAGUCAACGUGGUAGUGGAGGUAAUUCUGGAUCUGAACAUGAAGGUAGUCGAAGAAUGAAAACGGAAUUACUUGUUCAACUUGAUGGAUUAGCUAAAACUGAUGAUCUUGUUUUUCUUCUUGCUGCAUCAAAUUUACCUUGGGAACUAGAUCAUGCUAUGUUAAGACGCUUAGAAAAACGUGUCUUAGUUGAUUUACCAUCAAAAGAAGCUCGACAAGCUAUGUUUGAACAAUUUUUACCACCAACGGUUAUUCGUGAAAAUAAUGGUCUUAUUCUAAAUUCUGAUCUUGAUUAUAUACGAUUGAGCAGUCAUACGGAAGGUUAUUCAGGUGCGGAUAUUAAACUUGUAUGUAAAGAAGCAGCAAUGAAUCCGUUAAGAAAAGUAUUUGAUAUACUUGAAACACUUAAUGGAGAUGAAGAAUUAGGAACAUGUAUUGAAUUAGAUUCAAUAACAACAGCUGAUGUUGAAAAAGUUUUAUCAACAACCAAACCAUCAGCACGAGCAUUUAAAGAUAAAUAUACAAAAUGGCAAAAAGAAUUUGAAUCUAUUUAA